AGAACGACGAACACGCGCAUCACAUAACCUGUGGCCGUAAAUGGCGGCGGGGGCGGCCGGUUGGACGAGUUCCUCGACGUCGAAGGGGUUCCGGACGAGAGAGGCGAGUCGUCUUCGUCGUGGAGGAAUGCUUGAAGUGUAUUGUCGUUGACACCUGCGCGAACCCCCCCCCCUGCCUGCCUGCUGCGAGACUAUUCUUUGAUGGCGGUGGUGGUGGGUGUGAAGCCAAUGCAGUGCACUUCUGGAAAGGGGGGAGCGCGUGAGCUCAAAAUCUCGGAGGCAAGGGUGCCGGGGGUGGUGGGGGGAAGGGUUCUUUCGGAGUGUCGCCGACCGUCCGAGAACACGCCGCGUGCGGGGGGAGGGAAACAUCAAACCAUCACAUUGGCAGCGGCGGUGUUGUUGCUCCCGUCUCAGAUAUCGACGCCGGUUGGCAGGAGGGUGCCAUCCCGCUCCACGGGUCCAGGAUCUUUUCUUUUCUUUUCUCCGUCUUCUCUUCUUCUACCCUUUGGUCCCGCCAAGUUUUGCUUUUGGUGUCAGUUCUUUCUGUUCUCCAUGUUUUUUCUCCGCGGACAAAUUGUGACGGCGGAUGAAAUCAGUUUCAUAAAGGCGGGAAGAGUCAAGCUUGAUUGGACGCAGAUGAUGACUACCGGGAUAUCGGCAGCCCGCAUGCCGGGGGGUUUUAGGAGAGAAGGUUAGAAUAGGUUGUGGACUGAAGUGGUGGAUGAGAGGGAUGAACAAGGUGCUUCAGGAGGAUGGAGGAAGAAAUAGGGCGUGGUGUGUAGGCUGAGGAUGUGUUUUCCGUCAGAAUGAGGGUUGGACGGAGCUUGUAAUUGACGGUGAUUCUGGAUUUUGGUUCUAGGGCCAUUUUCCAACUGCAAAAAAUUCUUGAGGGAUUGUCAAUUAGGGUGAGGUAAACUUCAUUUGGUCACACGAAAGUAUAUAGAAAGAGACAUAUCACGACUUUGCCGAUGCUU